AUGGCGACCGCAGCCUCCAACCACUACAGCCUGCUCGCCUCCGGCUCCCCCAUGGUGCACGCCGAGCCGCCCGGCGGCAUGCAGCCCGGCGGCGGCUACCGCGACGCCGGCGCCCUGGUGCAGGCGGACUACGCGCUGCAGAGCAACGGGCACCCGCUGAGCCACGCUCACCAGUGGAUCGCGGCGCUGUCCCACGGCGGCCCCGGCGGUGGCGGCGGCGGCGGCGGCGGCGGGGGCGGCGGCGGCGGCGGCGGCGGCGAGGCGCCCUGGUCGGCGGGCGCGCUGGGCCAGCCCGACAUCAAGCCGGCGGUGGUGCAGGCGGGCGGGCGCGGCGACGAGCUGCCGCCGCCGCCGCAGCACCCGCCGCCGGGGCGGGCGCCGCACCUGGUGCACCAUGAGGUGAGCGUCAAGGGCGCGCUGGAGAGCCACUUCCUCAAGUGCCCCAAGCCCUCUGCCCAGGAGAUCACCUCGCUCGCGGACAGCCUACAGCUGGAGAAGGAGGUGGUGAGAGUGUGGUUUUGUAACAGGAGACAGAAAGAGAAGCGCAUGACUCCCCCGGGAGGGACGCUGCCGGGCGCCGAGGACGUGUACGGGGCCAGCAGGGACACGCCGCCGCACCACGGGGUGCAGACCCCCGUGCAGUGAACUCGCGGCGGGGGCGCCCGGCCCCUCCUCCUCCUCCUCUCCUCCUCCUCCUCCUCCUCCUCCUCCUCCUCUCCUUCCC